GACACAGAGAGCAUUGAGGAGUUUUCUGGCAUUGAACAACCACCGUUGCUGGAGCAAAUGAAAAGGAUUCUUGACGAAUACCGCAACGAUGUUCAGAUUAUAAAGGAACUUGUACAAAAUGCCGAUGAUGCUGAAGCGACAUCAAUGAAAAUUUUGUAUGAGGGAAGAACGAUCAAUCCAGAACAAGAAAAUGAAAAAGAAUAUCGAAAAUUUCUUAGGGCACCUGCUUUGGUAUUCUACAAUGACAAAACGUUUACACAGGACGACUGGAGAGGUAUUAGAUCGAUAUACACAAGCGUUAAGAGAGACGAUCCUCUUAAAAUUGGCCGGUUCGGUUUGGGAUUCAAAUCCGUGUUUCAUCUGACUGAUUUCCCUUGUAUAAUUAGCGGAGAAUAUGCCCUGUUCAUUAACCCACACGCCAGCGAAUUCGGGAAAAUCUGUGUUAUGGUAAAGCUGAAAAACCUCAAGAAAUGGCAUCGACUCAACAAUGAAGAUUACAUGAACAGCUUAAGCGGCACCUUUGGGUUUACAGAAGACACUCUAACGACGGGGAUGUUUAACGGAACAAUGUUUUGGUUUCCUCUACGUCAGUGUCCAUCUCCACUCUCAUAUAAUACCUACCAAGAGGAAAAUGUUUUAAAUCUUUUACAAGCAUUCAUUACAGAGUCACAAAGAAGUCUCCUGUUUUUGAAGACCCUUUGCAGUAUAAAAAUGUUUGUAAAUAUGCAAACGAAGGACGGUAUAGCCUGUGAGCAGAAGCCACCACAUUCAGACGAUCCCUACAAGGAAUUAGAAUAUAUGAAUUUAGGGAAAGAUACAGAAUGCUUUAAAGUCGAAGUUAACAAUAAAUCCAAUGACCUUUCAGAGGAAAGGCGAGCCUUCUUAGGAGAGUUACAAGACAUUGGUAACGAAAUACCUGAUCAGUCAAAACAUUGGGUCUUCGAUAUUACUGUCCAAACCGAGCAAAAAAGUACUAAAGAAGACAAGAAGGUAGCAAAAUCACGCUGGCUGAUUGUUAAUUAUUUGAAAGGCGGAGAGAUAUCAGAAAAGCUGGGACAGCUCAUGAAAGACAAAGACCUUGGUUAUCCACAUAUUGUUGGCCUGGCAGCACCGAUUGAUACAAAUAAUCAUUAUUCCAGUACAGCUGGUCAUGUGUUUUGUUACCAGCCACUGCCGCAGGAAAACGUAUGCAUGACAGGAUUACCAGUGCAUGUAAACGGAUUCUUUGCUCUAAGUCAAAACAGAAGGCACGUGAGAUGGCCGGACCAAGGGGACACAACAAAUGGUCAGGGUGAUAAGAAAAUUGAAUGGAACAUAGUUCUGAGGACACAGAUAUUACCAGAGGCUUAUGAAAGACUCAUGGCGGAGCUUGUUAGCUUGUGUCGGCAUGAAGAAAACCCGGAUUAUCUCUUGAAUGCUGUAUACAGUGCAGUUCCAGACCUGUCGGUAGUCGAGGAGCAUUGGUCAGAUUUAGCCAGCGCAGUUCCAGAACUCUGCAAAAACAUGGCCGUUGUAUACACAAAACAGAAUGAUGGUAAAUGGAUUCGCCCCCAGGAAGCAGUGUUUACCAGUAUAUGGAAAUGUGUCGAUAAUCAGACAGACCAAAAUGACGACUUUGACGUAACCCAGAAAGAAGAAUACAUGGAAACCGUUUUUGAUCUACUGCUUUCAGAUAAGGUCAAUGUUGUAAACGUUCCUUAUCAUAUAGCUGAUGCUUUUGAUAAUGCAUGUUCCGCAUUAACAUACGCAACACCUGCAUAUAUGAAAUUGCAUAUGAAAAAUCACAACACUUACAAAGAUCUCGAUAUGGACAAAAAGCAAGACCUCUUUGAAUUUGUCAUGCUAGAGUCUUCAAGAGAAGGGCUGGAAAAGUUAGAACUUUUGCCAUUAGAAGAUGACACUUUUCUGAAUUUUGCUCCAGGAAAAUUAAUCUUUUUAGAACAUCAUGAUGUAAUCAAGAAGUUUCCAGGACAAGAGGGCAGUUUCGUCCGAGCUGAUCUCAGACCAAGAACUAUAACCCUUCUGACAGACCUAACGGAGAAAGGUGCACAUUGCCUUGAACGACUUGGCGACGACAGUGCGGCAAAAAUGGCAAAAGAUAUUCUCAAAAAUGAGUUUGGCGAAAGGGAUUGUAUCCAUAUUAACAGCUCAAAAAUUGGGAAGUGGAAACUAUGGGUGAGAGGUAUUUGGAAUUUAAUUCAAUGUAGGUUCAGAAAUUCGGUCAAGAAGUUCAGUGAUAUUCCAAUAUUCCCAAAAGUUCCAAGCAGUGUUUGGAGACAUGUGGAAGAGUUUUCGCUCUUAAUGCUUAAGACACCAAUUCUACAUAUACCAUCAUUAAUUCAGCUUGAAGACAGGCAGUAUAUUAAUCGAUCUUUUGAGCUUUUGUCAGUAUCAGUAAUACAGAACAUUCCGGAAGAUAUUGAAGUCGCUAUUGUGGGUACAUAUUUACAUGAAGAAACAAGUGAAAGUAUCACGUCACUUUUGGAUCGUGUAAACUAUCACCAGGUUGAAAAGUUCAACAGCGAAUCUUCCGAUGUGUGCAGUGCCGUAUUUUUGAAGUUCUUGUCAGAACGAAUUCACACAAAUAUUGGCAAAACAGGUAAACGUAAUCUACAAAUCAUGAAAUUAUUCAGAGGGUAUCAAACGGUAAAUGAAAGUGAACUCGUUUCGUUAAAAGAUACAGAAGAUGUGUACAAAAACGGAACACAAUUUCCAGUCCGUUUUCCGUCACUUAUGAUUUUGCUGAAUUCGGAUGCAGAAAUGGCUUUAGUGGAAAAGCUAGGCGCAAAUAUCAUAUCUGAACUUGAAUUAGUCAGACGAGCACUUCGGAGAAUCAGUGACUAUAACUCAAAUGACAAAGUGAGAUUCAUUCACUGGAUAAUAAUGAAUGGAGAACAUUUCCAAUAUUACGAUGUACAGGAAUCCCUGAAAGAAAUAUCAUUCCUUGAAGCAGAAGAUGGUUCGUUCUACAAAGCCAGUGAGCUUUUUGAUCCCACAGAUGAAACUUUGUGCAAACUUUUCAGAGACGAGCAUGUGUUCCCUAAAAUGGUUGCUGAGAAUGAACAAAAUGUUGUGUACAUUGACGGUCUGAGAUCACUGGGACUUAAAACUGCUAAAAACCUUACUUGGGAUGACAUUGCACGUGUUUGUGAUAUCAUUCAUCAAACAGCUGUAGAGGAAGUAGCCAUUGACAAAGAGAAGUGCCUUGCGUUGCUAAAUGUUAUGAAUAAACACAGUGAUUUAGUCCGAAAAAGCGAUAUUUACAACAAACGAUGUCUCAUCAUAGAGGACACGCUAGAGGACACCAUCCCCCAAAGCGUCCAAUUGAAAAACAGAUGCAGCGAUUCAUCAGUACUGGUUUGCAUGCCAAGUGAAAUACUCUCGGUCAAACACGUACAGUUGGUUGGGACGGUGAUGUUCGUAAUUGACUGCAAAAGGUUAUCAGCUUUGUCAAAGAUAUUUGAUUGGGAAGCUCAGCCGAAAGUCACAAAGGUUCUAGAACACUUAUUUAACAUUGUGAAAAAUUAUCAGGCAGAGUAUAAAGCGUCAUAUCUGCCUAUUGUAACGUCUGUGUACGAGUGGCUUUCAACGCAAAAAGAGUACGAUGCGGUAGAACUCAGAAAUAUCGUCCACCAGCAAUUUGCUAAACCAUUUGAUGCUUUUGUUUGGGACGGUAAUUUAUUUCAGCCAAUCAAAAAUAUGUAUGCUGAAAGUGCCAAAGGUGAUGUAGAUUUGCGGCCAUUCUUACAUCCACUUCCUUCAGAAAUUGAAAAAUUGGCGGACUUUUUCCAGGAAUUAGGAUGUCAAAAAUCGAUUGAAUUCGAUACAUAUGUAGACACUCUUCAUCAGAUAAAAUGUUCCGAACAGUCAGCAUCUGAUGAUGAAAACCUUGCACAAACGUUGACAGAAAUGUCAAUAGCUAUUUUAAAUAAGAUAAAAAAGAACUUCUUAGAUGAAUAUUUGGACAGUGAAGAACAGUUGUAUUUCCCUACAAUGACAGAAAAUGGUGGUAUCCAAAUGAUGCCUGCCAAGUCCUGUACUUAUUGUGAUGAACAAUGGCUGAAAAAUAUGGACUUUCAGUUAGACGAUGACAUAUAUUAUGUACACCCCGAGCUUCCGAUAGCAACGGCAGAAGCCUUAGGUGUUCCGUCAUUACGCCAGCAAAUGAUGUCUGACACAGAAGCAUUUGCGGAGUGGGGUCAGGAAGAACCUUUAACACGACGGUUGCGAAAUCUCUUAAAAGAAGGUUAUGUAGAUGGGUUUUCAGUGGCAAAGGAAUUAUUUCAAAAUGCUGAUGAUGCAGGCGCAAAAAAGCUUUGGAUCUUAUUUGACGAGCGAGAGAAUAAUGAGGCAAAAACACGGCUAAUUAGCGAAGGAAUGGCUGAAUGUCAAGGACCAGCAAUUUGGGUGUACAAUGAUGCACAGUUUACAGAGCCCGAUUUUAGAAACAUAACGAAGUUAAGUGGGGCGACAAAAGAAGACGAUUCAACAAAAAUUGGAAAAUUUGGAUUAGGCUUUUGUGCUGUGUAUAACAUAACAGAUGUUCCUAGUUUUGUAUCGGGAGAAAGUAUUGUCAUAUUUGACCCAGAUAUGUCACAUCUUGGCAAGGUUCUGCCUGGAAAAAGUCCAGGAUUGCGUGUCAACUUCAGAAAAAUGAGUAAUUUGAAAAUGAUGAAAAGUCUUAAAAAUCAAUUCCUGCCGUUUGAGGGUGUAUUUGACUGCAGAAUUAUAGACAGUGAUUCGCCUUUUUUCGAUAGCACUUUGUUUAGGUUGCCACUGCGGAAUAGAGCCAGCGACAUUAGCGACGUAGUUUACUCUUCCUCUGAGGUAAAAAGUCUGUUUGACAAAAUAAUGUCAAUGGCAGCCAACAUGCUCCUUUUCAAUCAGAAUGUUGAAGAAUUCAAACUUCUACAUAUUCCAAAAACUGAACGUAAUCCUGCAUCUGCCAGAUUGUUAUUUGAAAUAAAGAAGAACUCUAUAAGGUUGAAACCAACAAGCAAUGAGCGCUUAAAUGCCACGACGAUUCUUGUUGAAGCUUCGAGACUGAAACAGAAUAAGACAUUGCGCGACAAUCCCCUGCAAGUGAUAGAUAAAGUUUCUGUCAUCAUACGCAAUCAUGUUGAUUCGAAGUUUAAUGCACUUGCAGACAAACAGGAAGCAAAAGAGGAUUGGUUGAUCAGCUGGUCAACAGGAACAGAAGGGAAAUCUGUUAGUUUAGCAUACGAAGAAAAGGGAGCUCUUCCGCUCGGUGCUGUUGCGAUACCUUUUAAAACUACAUCCGGCAGUGUUACCUCACUUGAUGUUUUACCAUUGAGUAGUGUUUCGGAACAAUUCUAUCAAAGCGGUCAUUUAUUUUUCUUUCUCCCUUUACCUAUUCAACAUAGGUUUCCUUUCCACAUCAACAGUCAGUUUACUGUGACCACAGACAGAAGGCAACUCAGAACCUCAACGGAGGAUGACAAAAAUGUCAACAUGAAGAAAUGGAAUAAGUAUCUACUGGAAGAUUCGGUUACAAAAGCCUUGCUAUUUUUACUGGAACACCUACACACGUUAGGGUCGUUAGAGGGAUAUCAGUUCCACAGUUUGUGGCCAGCACAAGAAACGGCGGAGCUAUUAGAACAUCUACCACGAGCGUUCUAUCAGAAUGUUGCCAAACCUGAUCGAUACAACGUCUUUGAAAAAAAUGGUCAGUGGUUUGAUAUUUCGAGAUGUGUUUUCAUUGAGCGGCAUUUUCGGUCGUCGGCCGUCGGUAAAACGGUAUUUGAAGUUUUAUCAUCGCUGACUGAUUUUGUUGUCGAUAUUUCGGAAGAGGUUUAUGACAUGUUGUUGCAGGCAAAUCGGCCCUUAAUUGAAGAGAAGACGGUGUCGGAAAAACAAUUUUUCCUGAAAUAUUUUUUCCCCAGACUAGAAGAAUUUUCAUCUGAUAAAUGUUUGAAGGAAAAGAGAAAACAGUUAUUGUAUCAUGCAGUUGUUCUACAAAAUCAUUCAAUUGAUAUGUGGUUAGAAGAAAACAAGUGUAUACCUUCACAACCUCAUGGAUGUCUUAAACGGCCCAGAGAUUUAAUUGACACGGACUCAAAUUUGUCUGCAUUAUUUGUGGCAGCAGAUGGCUGUUUUCCAGAAUGUCCCUUUACUGACAGACAUAUGUUAAUUAAAUUGCGAAAGCUUGGGCUUAUGCACAAUGUGUUAUCCAACAGCCUCGUAAUUAAUAGGGCUAAUUCAGUCGAAGUUAUGAACAAAAAAUGUUCAAUUUGUGCUGUGGAACGAUCUGGACAUAUGUUGGGCUACCUUAGUGAAAACAUAUCUAAACACCGCUCAACAAUUUCAGAACUUGGAAAAGUUAAGUUUAUUCCAGUGCAGGCAAAACCAAAUGAUUGGUUUUUUGAGUGGCAUGCUGACAUACUUACGUCUAAAAAAUCAGGGAAGAAGUGCAAGUUACACAAGACGGAAAGACAUCAACUGUCGCAUUUUGACCGCCCGUCUAAUAUUUACUACAGUGAAUGUAAGACUAUUGUCGGAUGUGUCGCUUUUGUUUUUGAUGAAAGGUCCUACUUCAUGUGUAACGCGGAAAUUAAAAGCAGAGGAUUAAGAAACAUGCUGAAAUACAUUGGAAUGAACGGUCUGACGGAAAUGGAUAUUGAUUUAUACUUUGUUCUGCAGCAGCUUGAAUGCAUUGCGACAUCAUACGGAUCUGUCACAAAGCACAUACCUUCUUCAAACAUGUCUGGAAUUCUUCAAGAUAUAUAUCGACACUUGGAUACAGCAUGUAGAUCAAAUGAUGCUUUUGAGGCCGUAGCAGCGGCUACAAAUGAUAAGCCAGUUGUUUUUGUGUCAGGAAAAUUUGUGUUGCCUAAAGUAGUUGCGAGAAACUGUUAUUUGGAUUGCAGGCCGCACCUUUUCAGGUUAAAAGACUCGCCAUUGAAAUCCAGUUCAGUAUUAUGUAAAUGCUUCAAAAUUUCUGAUUACUUCCAGCCGCAUGAUAUUGCUUUACUCCUUCAAAAUAUAAAGCACAAGAAAAAUGAUACGGCUCUAACUCCAGCAGAAAUACACACAGUUAUAAAUAUCAUGUACUGUCUACAAGAUAGUAUACAUAAAUUACAUGGUAAAAUGUUCGACGUUCAUAGUAUUGUGCAAGAUCAGAUACAGGCAAUCUAUGGACCUGAUGAGAAUGGAAUCCUAAGGGACUGUAAGACUAUGUGCUUUAAUGAUUAUGAUGGUAUUGAAAAAAGCAAAACAAUGAUUUACACUCAUGUCAGUUUUCCACCGGAUUUAGCAAAAUUCUUUGGAGUGAACCCAAAACUAAUCCACAGUCUUGAAGAGACUACUGAAGACUUUGACGAAGAUUUUUAUCAAGAAGAACCACUUGUUACACGCCUUAACAGGCUCGUAGAAGGAUACCCGUGUGAUACAGGAAUAUUCAAAGAAUUAAUACAGAAUGCAGAUGAUGCAGGAGCAACAGAAAUACGCUUCAUUAAAGAUUAUACAACGCAUCCUAAAACCAAUAUCAUUGACCCACGUUAUGAAGCUCUUCAGGGGCCUGCUCUGUUGGUUUUUAACGACAGUGCAUUCUCCAAUAACGACCUGAAAGGUAUACAAAGGCUUGGGCGGGGAAGUAAAUCAGAAGAUCCGUCUCAGACUGGUAGGUAUGGAGUUGGAUUCAAUGCUGUUUACAAUUUGACAGAUGCCCCGUCUUUCUAUACCAAAGGUGGGGAUAUCGAGAAUGAAGAAACGCUUUGCGUUUUUGACCCUUUAGCGAAGUACCUGCCGAAAGUCACGAGGAAAAGGCCGGGAAAGCGAUACAGAAAUGUUCAAUGGAUCAGAGAAUUUCAUAGUAAUAUGAUGAGUGGUUACCACGAGAAGAUGCUGAUAACUGGGAAACAAGGAACAGUAUUUAGAUUUCCAUUACGAACAGCAGACAUGGCAGAGACGUCAGAAAUAAAGAGAGAAUUUGUUGAUAUUGAUAUGGUAUCCGUCCUGUUGAAACAGUUUUCUGAAGAGUUAAGCAAUGUCCUAAUUUUCCUUAAAAACUUGAGAACAGUAAAAAUCUUUACAUGUAAAGAAAAUCGCUUCCUAGAAGAAUUCUGUUUAAACGUGAAGAUGACUUCAGCCGAACUUGAAAAACGCAAGGCUUUUAUUCAAAACCAAACACAUUUGUGUGACAUAUUUAAAGAAAAAAGGCAGGAUCUGUUUAAGUUUGAGCAGUACGAAGCGAAAUACGAAUUGUCAAUGAAUGUUCAAAGUGAUAGUAAAUCACAAACUUAUGACUAUAUUGUCGUGCAAGUACUAGGCUUAAAAGAAAAUGCCGAACUGAACCCUUUAAUUAGGGAUAAGAUUUUAACUGGUGAAAUCGGACUUUUACCACAUGGAGGUUUGGCUUUGUGUUACGUAAGAGGGCCAAAUUCUGCUGAAGAUGUACGAUGGAACACACAAACAACAUGCAAAGCAUUUUGCUUCUUACCACUUCCUAUUAAAACAGGUCUACCUGUACAUGUACAUGGAUAUUUUGCCUUAGACCACGAAACAAGGCGAACGCUUUGGAGAUCAGAACAAACGGAAACCUGCUUCAGAACAUUAUGGAAUAACAUGUUAUUCGAACAAGUUAUCUCAGUGGCAUAUGUAAAUCUUUUGAAAUACACUAAAUGUCUACAGUUUCAGAAAAUAACUAAUAAUACAGAAAAUAUGUUGGUUGUUUCAUCUGUCCUUGACAAUUACCAAUUGUUAUUUCCAUUGAAAGAUAACGUUUCCGAUUUCUACUGGAAACAUUUUCUGACUUCAUUAUACAAGAGACUAGUUACUGAACAUAUAGACUUUCUUCCUGUUCAAAAUGUGACUACAAACAUACACGAAAAUGUCCACGUUAGAAAAGUACACCUGACAUGGACCUCUUUGAAAUCGGAAGGGUCGAAAUUCCCUGCAUACAUUCGAAAGGAAAACACAACAGAGAAAGGUAAUGAGUCACAUCUUAACACUAUUUUGCGUAGACUCGGGAUGCGUAUAGUGUUUGUUUCAGAUCAAAUAAAGGAUUCAAUGAAGUUCGCUGGAGUCGGUAUCUCAUUUCUCAAGCCAAAGCAUGUCAUAGCAUUUAUAUGCAGUAAAACGUCACAGGACACAUCUAUACAAAAAGAAUGCAAUAUUGAGCUAGGAGAACACAUCGUUCAAACUACACUGCAGUCAAUAGCAGAUGCUGCGGAUGUUCUUCUGUUUUGUCUAAAAGAUUCUGAACAAUUUAAGUUAAGCUUCAAAAAUAUACCUUUAAUGGUUACGAAAGAUUGCUUUGUGCGGACGGUGCCAGACAAUGGUUACUUUCUUUUGGAAACACAAGAGGACUUCUGUGAGUUUUUUCCAUCGAAGCGAAAUGUGUUUCUCCAUAACAUAAUUGCUAAAGUCCUAAGUAUUUACGUUUCAGAAAAAGUUGAUAUUUUUCAGGGUAUGGUGAAACGUUUCAGUCUGUCUCAAUUUGUAACCUUAGUUAAAGAAACAAAUGUAGUUGAACACGACUGUACCUCUCUUAAAUCAUGGAUCAGAACAAGCUCAGAGGAGGCAUGGAUUCGGAAGUUCUGGGAGUUCUUCAGUUAUCAGCUUCCAAACGAAGAUGAAAAAACUGUAUUUCAACAGCUUCAGAUUAUGCAGCAUCUGCCACUGAUACCAGUGGUAAAAUCAAGUUCAAAUGACUUGUACCUUGCACCCCCGGUCAGCAUACAUGAGCUUAUCGAUCUACAGAGUUUCAGUAGCAAUCCUGUAUUACACGAAGCGUUGAAAAGUUUGAAUAUACCCCAUGUAUACAAUGCAGUCUUCAGUGGAAAUGAGGACUCAAAAAGUUUCAAGUUGUUGGUGAAACAAGUUUCAAAUUUGAAUACGCCGAUUGCCGUACUAGAAUGUCUGGACAUAAAUGUAAACCAGGAUACAAUGUCGAACCUUACCGAAGAUCAGGUAAACUCAGUACUUAAGUAUUUUAACGAUUGCUUGUAUGAAAAUGUGUCGCCCAACACUCUUGCAAAGCUGAAAAAUAUACCGCUUUUUCUAUCUCAUUUUGGCAAACGUGUAUCGCUUAAAUGCUUCAAGAAUAUAUAUGUUGUGCCAAGCAGUUUACCAACUGAAGGACUUGAAGAUUUGGCGGUGAAGGCGGAUGUGUUAUUUCUGAGCAAUACUGGACACCAAAAUCUGUUCAAACACUUAAACAUUAAGGCAUUGUCUCUGACUGAGGUAUAUUCUACAUACAUAAUACCGCAGCAACACUUCAUGCAAAGAAUAUGCUUUUAUGGGCAUUUAGAAUUUCUGAGUCGGCAUUUAUAUAGCGAAGGACAUGAGGACCUGAAAACAUUACUUUCAGUUUUGCAAACUAUGUCAUUUGUUGAAAUGCAUGAUGGAACACGUAAACGAGUAUGUGAUUUGUUUGAUCCAGAACAUGUCAUCUUCGGGCAAAUGUGCGAGAAGUCCGAACUAGUGCCGGUCCUUCUGCCAGAUAGGCUCAAACAGUCCAAUCUAUUGAGACUGUUUCGUAAGCUUGGGUUGAAAACAUUGAUGACAGUUACACUAUUUGAGCGCUUUGCCAGAAGUAUUGGUGCGAGAAGUGAAUCAGAUGUACUAUCUGAGAGCAUUUGCGAUAAUUCGAAAAAAUUAACUGAACAUCUGUUGUCUAUGAAUGAUGAGUUUUUCGAAAAGGGAUCAUUUGAUAAUCUUGCUAAAAUUAAGUUUGUCACACCGCAUGUUGUAAGCAAAGAUUUGUCUUCGAUCGAACAGCAGUUUAACUGCAAGACACUAGUGUGCUUUGAGGGAUCAGUGUUAAAUACGUCUGAAAACAUUUCAUGGACAGUCUUAAAUAUUCUUCCUAUUCAUGCAAACCCAACUAUGCACAGGAAUUCGAAGCCAGAUGUCGUACUUAGGAAGUUGAAAAUACGCCAAUCACCGAGUUUUGAAACAUUCGUGUGUCAUUGCAGGCUUGUUGGUGAAAGCCUCGGCAAAAUCAUGAGUAAAAUGAAUAAAUCGAGUCGUUCAAGAUUGUAUUCUAUCAUGGAUGAUAUGUAUUCUGCCUUUCGUAUAUUUCAUGAAAAUAAAGAGAUAAAUGAAGAGUCUUUGAGCAGCCUUGCAGGUGUUCCGUUAAUAUACUAUCCGAAGAAAAAAAUUAUCGUCGCUGGUAAAAGGGUUGUAAUCUCUUGCAGGUCAGACGAAGAGAUACCUCCGCAUCUGCUGAAAUAUCCAGACUCGUAUUCUCGUCACACGGAUGUGUUUCUGCAUCUAGGAGCUUCCGAAGAGCCUACUUGUGAUUCCUUCGCCUGUGUGCUUCAGGCAUUGAAAGACGAAACUAAAAAUACUGGAGGACCUGAUUUAAUGCCAAAUGAGCAUGCUUUUGCAGUUAAAGCUAUGGGACAUUUAUUCAAAUAUCUCGCCAAUGAGACUGAUGAAGCAAAUCUUUCCUGCAGAAAAUUAUUCCUUUUGUCCGAAAACAGAACGCUUGAAGAUGCUAGAAUGCUUAUUGUUUCAAAUAAUAUCUACUUUCGGCAACUGAUAGAUAAAGAUGCCUCUGCAAACUGUAUGUAUCUUAUCGGAUUUAACCAGCUUCAGGAGUAUCGUCUGAAAUCUGAAGACUGUGUUGAGAACUUGAAACAACUGUCUGUGGCACACAGACCACAUUUACUGACAGAAGUUGUGACGGAAAGGGUAGAUCUUGCAAAAAUUAGAAUCAGAGGCAUUGAAAUGUCAUCAUUAAUUGAGGGAUUCAUACAUAGCAACACCUUCCUGUACGGAUUUUUGCGACUAUACAGGCAUGUGUUAGAGUCAAAGAGCAAGAAAUGGAAGUCAGAAGACGAAACGCGGAUAUUAAAUUUUUUGAAGAAGAUAACCAUUAAACAAUGUACUGGAAUAGAAACAGUGCUAUAUUUGAAAAACAUCGGACAACAGGGCAGAGAAAUCCGUAUUGCUGAUUCAAAUGCAAAGAGAUUCAUACAUACAGAGAGAAACAAAGACAAUACGUGUAUCUAUUUUGACACGUCGGAUGCCAAAUGGGAGAAAAAUGUCAGAGAUCAUUUAACAAUCCAGCUCACUGACCUUGUAGAUGGAUGUUUCGACACUACAAAUUCCAUUUACCUUAUGGAAAUAGUUGGUAUGUUUCAAACGCCGAAUGAGAUAGAUCUGUACCUCAGCCAAGCAAGGAUUAAAGAAUACACGUUUGAUCCAACUACAUUUGAGGAAAGCAGUCCGUCUUUCCCUAUUCCAGGGGAAAUUGUACCGAAGAAAUUUCACAGAUACCUAGAUAAUGACAUUGGGGUUAUUUAUGAACAUGACUAUAAAUUCAUUGCUCUUGAGUUUGACGACCCUGCCUUUGAUAUAAAUGAUAAUGAAGCAGAAGAUGAAGAUGAAGAUGAUACGGAAUGUUCAGACAAAGAUUUUGAACCAACUUAUAAAUAUGUUCACAUCACGAGACAAAUGGGACCAGAAAACGAGUUACCACUUUUGCAGGAGUAUGAGAUAGACUGCGGAUCUGACACUAAACUAGUAGUUAAGGCAUUUCAACUGUAUAAAUUUGUAAGAAAGAAUAAGUGCGAUGAAAAUAGUACAGAUGUCGUUAUUUAUGCCAGAAAUGGCAACGAGCCACAGAAUGAGAUACCAAAGGAAAAAGUGGUCAAACAAACAUUGAAGGAGGUAUUUUGUGAAAUACGAAAAUAUCUCAAAGAAGCUUGGAAAAAAGAAGAACACGAGAGAAGGCGGAUCAUAAAACGUCUGAUGCUAAAAUGGCAUCCUGACAAGAAUCCGGAUAAUAUAACUUUUUGCACAAAAGUAUUUCAGUACAUACAGCAAUGUCUGAGUCUACUUGAGAGAGGUCUAGAUCUCAAGGAAGGAAAUGAAGAAGGUUCAGACGACACUGGAACAAACAGAAGCAACACUAACCCGUUUUCAUCUGGAACAUAUAACUCGCAUUCGUGGUCCUACGGAAAUACUAGGUAUGACAGGUAUUGGAGGCGUUACGAGAGGGGAAGACAAUAUAAUGAAAGCAGGUAUAACAGUGAUUCAUGCAACCGUGGAGGCAGACGCGCUAAUAGCUGGUACAAUAAUUUUUAUGAUACUUGGAGGGCAAGAGGAGGUUACAAGCAUGCACAGUAUGAACCUUAUCACUGGUAUAGUAGGGCAAAACUUUGGUAUAAACAAGCAGAGUACGAUCUCCAACAUGCCAGGGAUUCUAUCAGGCAGUCUGUGAACCAGCAGUUUAACUGGCCAUGUUACAGUGCACAUCAGGCAGCAGAAAAAGCCUUGAAGGCAGCUUGGUAUGCUAAAGACGCUAACAAGAUAAACGGAGUUAUGGCUAGCCACAGUUUGGAGUUUAUAGCUAGAGAUCUGGGUUCGUCAAUACUGUUUCUUGCCAAACGUUUGUCAGACGUGACGGGAGAUUACAAAGCAAUGAGGUACCCGCGCUGCUUGCCAGGUCAGCAGAUCCCUGCUGAGACAUAUAAUAAGGAAACAGCAACAGCAGUGAUUGAUGUUGCUCAAGAACUAUUAGCAUUAGUCCAUAGUAAUUAUAUCAAAUGAGGAAAUUGCAUAAUUUGUAUGUAUGUCAUAUAUUGGUGAUACUUGAUUUAAUAUAACCUGUGUUUUAUUCUAUAAAAAUCUAUAUUCUUGAUUAUCAUGGAGCCAGAAAAAGUCUGUUGUUACACGAUAUUACUCCUCUAUGACAUUAUCAUAAGAACAACUUUGCAUGGGCUGCUUCGUUUGUCUUAUCCUGUUGUAUAUACUGUUUGAUUGGAAAACUUCAGUUAUAGUGUACAUACAUAAAGUAAAAUACAUGUCCAUAUGUCAUAUUUUUGGUUUCAUCUUCUGACUGGCAAAAAUAUAUGUUGAUGGGUUUGUAAAUACUAUCAUGUUUGUUACAGAGUAUAUUUCCUUUGUGUGCUGAAGUGUUUAUGAAUGAUGUAGUUUGGUGUAUAUUACUUUACAAAUAAUUCUACGUGAUAGUCUACAAGUAAUCAUAUGUGAUACAUACCCGUUUGACUCAUUCUUAUCUUCUGAAUAAAGAAGAUCAACCGGAAUGUAUACCAUGUCUAACACUUCUAACUAUUGAACAUGUUUUCAUCAAUUGUGCGGACUUUGCUCCAAAACGCAGUACAUACAAUGACGUUCAAUCUUUGCUAUUUGAAAAAGUUUUAGUCGGAAAUAGUUUAUCGUUUUUAAAGCAGGUUAGAAUUUAUCAGAAAAUCUGAACAUUUCAUAUUUUUAUUCACAUAUUUUGCAACAUUUUAUUUUGUUUUAUGUUUGCAGCCGGUAUCAUAACAUAUACAUAUAUACAUUUUUACAUAUAUUGUUUAAGAUAUGCUUUACAUUUUUACAUAAAUGAUUUUCGAUAUGUUUUACAUUUGUACAUAAAUGAUUUUAGAUAUGCUUUACAUUUUUACAUAUAUGACUUUAGAUAUGCUUUACAUUUUUACAUAUAUGACUUUAGAUAUGCUUUACAUUUUUACAUAAAUAAUUUGGAGUAUGUUUUACAAUUUACGUUUUCAAUAUAACUUCUCGGCGAUAUAUAACUAGUUUGUGUCGGUUCGCCUUAAAACCCAAACUACUCUCUCACAGUAAUUGCUGUCAGUAAAAAUUACAAUAAUUUGCCCUAAAGCAAUUAAUAUUGACAGUUAUGAACAUAUUGAGCUGCAAAUAUAUUAAUGUAAAUGAUAGACUGUUUUUAUAUAAGAAAAUAAUAUUUAAGUAUGAAGAUCAUAUCAUUGAAAGGCACGUGUCGUGUCGAAAGUGCGUUCUGCAAAUUAAACGUAGUUGUAACCUUUCGAAAGAAAACGAGCAAGCAUGUACUGUAUGUACAUAAUGUUUUGGAUUAAUAAUUUGCGUCGCUGGUUUGAAUCAGAUGUCACCUCUGUUUGAGACAUAUAAUGUUGACCUAACACUUCUGUUACCCAACCUAUGAGAACUUUUUAUGGAAGUUUGAAAGUAUUUCAAACAUCUAGAAUGAAAGUUGUCCAAAGAGCAAUAUAGAUUUAUUGUACAAGUUUUUUGGGGGUAGAUGAACACAAUUGACUGUACAUAAUUUUAUAUGCAUGUAUUCAUUAGUUGUAAAUAUUUCCAACAGAUGUCGUUGUUUACAUCGGUUUUAAGUGAUUAUUAUAACAUUGUUCAUAAAAUUGUAUUGUUCACAUCGUUUUGAAUUUUGCACUUAAAUAAAUAUGAGGAUUAAAUGUUACACUAUACUAAGGUGUAUUAUAUCUGUAGCUGGUUGGAAUCAAUAAAACGCUUACAUCAAUUAUCAGAAAAGGUUAAUAUCGUGUUUUUUGUGCAUAAUUUACUUCGUUUGUUCACAUAUAGAAAGGACAUUUUAGCGCACAUUGCUCAAUACCAGCUUGCUUUUUAGCGUGACGUAAAAGCUUCGCUGUUGUGGCAACAACCAUUAUUUGACAAUAAAAUUGUCGCAGUAAACUCGUCUAGUACAGAGUCAAUCUAAAUAGAUGUUUAAUAAGUUAGAGAAAAAUUCAAUCAAUUUCUGCAUUAGCGUUUUAUCUGGUACAUUAGGCAUUUCUGCUUUGCAGAAAUAAGCAGACACAUUUGAAAUCCGUUUUGUAAUUUGUAUGUAAAAAAGUUUGCCAGUCUAUUAUUUGAAAUUUUAUUAUAAUUACAUCAUUGUGUAAUGUGCAUUAGUUGUCAUAGUCUGUCUAUUAGUUGAUAGCCGUUAUGUCAUUUUUUCAGACGUUUUAUGCUAUUUCUUGAAUAUCACAUGUCGUUCAAAUACUGCUUAUCAUGUUAUCAUAUUUUCAUAUUUAAGAAGUAUUGAUACACUGGACAUUCAUUUCUGCUUUGCAGAAAUAAGCAUGGUUUGUAGUGGUUUCUCAUGCCAACGUUAGUAAAUGGCAAAAACAUUGCUUUGUAAAUGAUAAUGAUAAUGUUAUAAGUAUUUUAUUAUCAUGCGUUCAUAGGAGAUAUAGUAAUUCUUCACUGUACGUAGGUCAACAUUUUCUUCAAAUAACUUCCUGUCUGAAACAUUGAGUGACAAUCAUUGAAACUUUUCAUGUAUUUCCUUGAUUGACUUCUAAUACAUCUGUUCAAAUGGUUUCGUGGUAAAUUUCGCAAAGAUUUUUCUGUAUGCCACUAUGGAAAACAUUUUAUAAGGACAUAGAAUUCAUCUCCAUUGACGUCGCAGUUGAUAUUUUAUCAUUAUAUAUUUUCUCUGAUUAAAACUAGGUCUUCAAAUACAAAUUCCUUGUUAGACAAAUUAGAACAGCUUUGAAGUUUUAGAUUUUGAAAUUCAGUGGAAAGUAACUAUUGAUUUAUUCAUAUUUUUUUUCCUGAAACUCUCACAACAUUUAUAUUAUUAGAUAUAAGUUUACUCCUAUAAAGUAGUUUAGCAUUGCUGAUUUGAAAUGACUUCUGUAUUAAUGUAUUGUUUAUAUAUUAUUUUAUUGCUCGCGGAAACCUCGUUUUGUAUUACAUAUAUUCAGGGGAGUAAGUUUUGUAUUGAUAUGUUGCUGAUAAAAGGUACAUGUUAUUGUAUUGCUCAUACAAAUUACUGUAAAUGUUGCUCAUAUUGAGACCAUAUAUUUUGUACUGAAUGAUUUGUAACGAAUUCUGUAUUUAUUCCUAUUAUAGUAUUAAUUAAUUUUGCCUAUAUUGAAUGUUGAAUAUGAAGUUGCAAAUGUGCCUUGAUACAGAGUUAUUUGAUAAAAUAUGUCUGGGUAACUUUCGCAUUGCAUAUUUGUUGAUGGAUUAAGCAUUUUUUAUUUGAAACUUUUGUAUUGUUGGUAAUAAGUCAUCUUUGUAUUACUAAUACAAAACGAUGAUAAUUAUGAAGUAAUGUGUAAUAUUUACAUUGCUCAAUAUAAGUAACAUCAGCGCAGCUUUUGAGUAUCACAUUCCUAUUGUGUAAUGAAGUAACGUUUUGUUCUUAUGCAAAUCUGUUUGUAGAAAAUGAAAAAUAAAGAAAUAUGUUCUUA